UGUCCUCAAUGUGGGACCUAUAAAGGUAGACGUCUGACCAAACUUAUACAAAUACAGUAAGCGGUUGGUUGUUAUCUGCUGGAUCCCUCAUCAUGACUCCCAGAAGCAUCAUCAUGAUCGCCAUUCCCCUCUUCAUCAUAGUGGGAAUAUUGAUCCCAGUUCCAGCUGCCGGUUUCCGAACCAGCAAACCCUGCUGUACAAGGUACAGUAAGAAGCCAGUUCCCUUCCAAAAUAUCAGAGGCUACAGAGAGCAAUUACCUACAGAACACUGCCGCAUCAGUUCAAUCAUUUUUUACACCAUCAAUAGCCAGGAAAUCUGUGCAAGUCCAAAUGAUGACUGGGUGAAGGAAGCUCUCAACUUACUGAGCUCAAAACUGAAGACGAUGUCCCAGAAGACAGACGGUAAAAAGAUGUGAAGCCUGCAAACUCCUCCGUUCAUGGUGCAAGUGGAUUUCCCAACAGUUUAUAAUUCUUCACAAGUUAUAAAUCACUUACUGAUUUAAAACAAGAAAAAAGGGUUUUAUGUAAUCAUCUAAACCAAUAAAGUUUAGAGAUGUUAUUCUUCUGCAAUCAAGCCUUUAUGAGAAUAUAACCUCUUUUAUUAUUGAUUUUAAUGCGUUCAUGUUCAAUAAGUUAGAAUAUUAGGAAAUAACACUUAUUUAUUCCGGGAACUCAAUUUACUUUUUUUAAAAUUAAUUACACACUCUGAGGCUUUCAAGCCUUCAUUUCUGAUAAUUAUAAUAAGCUUUGACUAACAGCUCAUGAAAACACAUUUAAGAUAAAAAUAUUACAUCAGAGCAAAUAUAUAUAUAUGUUUAUUGGAAAAAUAGGGGCUUAAUGAAAGUAUGUUUAAUAACUGCUUAAGGGUUUUUAUUUUCAAAACAAACAAAUGAGUGUUGUUGUAACCCAUAUUCUAUUUUAUUGGAUGUGAGUAUACAUGCUUUUUACUGGUGCUGGCUUAGUAAUGUUCAUUUAUUUCAGAGUUAAACUGAUAAAGUAAACAAAAAAGAAAACAGCUAAGAUAUCAAUUAUUUACAUUUCUCUCAUAAUUUUGAAAAUAUUAUUAUAUAUCUGUCUUUUUCUUAAUGCUUUUUGAUUCUCGUAAUAAACAAUUGCUUAAGUAAACAUGCUAAUAAUGAAACAGAAAUAAAAGAUUUAUAAAAGGUU